AGGAAGCUAAUCUACUUGUUUGCUCCGCCUACAAAUAUUACGUAUCUAUCUUGUCCUCUUCUCACAGUCAAUCUCUAUCCUUUCUCACAGUCAAUUUCAAAAAAAAAAAAAGAAGCUAACCCUCAGUAUCCUUUCUCUCUUCCUUACGUUCCUCUGUUUAAGAUGAAUAUCCUACGUGGUUCUUCUUCAGGGCCAGCUAAGAGGAGCCGUCAAACUUGUCUUCCUCCUGGAUUGAACAGGCCUGCUACGUCCGCUUCUCUUCCUCCUGGAGCGACCAGGCCGGCUUCGUCUGCGUCUCGACAUCCACUUCCAAGCUUAGCUGCUGUGAUGAGUGCACCAGAGAGACGUAACAUGCCUCUUCUCCAUCCACAAAGGCCCAAUGGAACUUUAUGGUUUGGGAUAGACGAUUGCAUCCGGAAAGAUGUAGUGUCAACAUAUCAGUCAAACUUUUGGGGACCAUGGUGGACCUACAGAAUGGUGCCAGAUGAGAAGAAGGUCGCUUGGUGGACUAGUUUUCUGCAACAAUACUAUUGGGAUCCUAAGCAUCACAGUCAAGUUCGUUUUCAGUGGGAACAAAUUCUGAAAAGCUCAAUCAGAGACCUUGCAAGCAAGAGGAGGAGACCAGAAGAAAAAAAGAAGCCAGAUUUUAUUGGCCUAGCAGAUUGGAACUUGAUGCUAGAGACUUGGCAGGAGGAGCCACACCAAAAGAGGAGCAAAACGAAUUCUGAGAAUGCUUCCUCAAACCCAGAUGGUUUAGGCACUCACCGUCAUACUUCAGGAUCAAAAAACCACAAGCGUUAUGCUUAUGACUUGACUGUUAAGGCUGGUGGAGUAGCACCUCCAGUCACUGAAGUAGUGCGUAUGACCCAUACUCGCAAGGAUGGCACUUUCAUUGACAAAAGAGCAGAAGGUUUUGUGAAGGCUGCCGAGGCUCUUGCAUUGGAGCGAUCACAAGGUUCCUGUCUGACUGAUGAAACCCCAUCAGCACCCUCUACCCAGCAGCUCAACGCUGCUUACAUUGAAGUGGCAACCAAUGGCAAAGGGCGAGUUUAUGGGCUUGGUUCAAUUCAGGAUAUUGAUGAUGAACCAAGUGAGACUGCACCAGCAUCUUUAUUUACACAUGUGGCAGUUGAUGGACGCUUGACCACCAUGGAGGGUGUUGUAACUUGCUUGAAGGAUGAUGUUUCUGGCUUGAAGGAGGAUGUAAUUGGUAUUAAGCGAGGCAUUGAGGUUCUGAUGAAGAUGAAUGGAGUGGACCCUGUUACCUUUGAACCUAUUCAGCGUGAGAGCGAUGCAUCUGUUCGAACUCCCCAAUCAAGCGGAGAACUUGACCAAAAUUCUCCCGUACAUUAACUCUGAUCUUGGUGUCUUUUGUGUUUAUACUAAGUUAAGCUCUAACAUCACUAGAUGUCUUUUGUAAAAACAUCACUAGAUGUCUUUUGUAACUUCUGAAGAACAUCAUUAGAUGUCUUUUGUAAAUUUUUUUUAUAAUUUUAAUGGUAUUUGAAUGUUUAAAUUAAUUAUUAUGUUGUUUAAUGCUUUAAAUUUGAUUUCAAAUUAUUAAUCAGUACAGUUUAAAAAAUAAAUCAAAAUAAAUAAUAAAGCCACAGAAAAGCACAUAUAAAUUUGUGGCAAUUUUUAAAAUAAAACCACAGAUUUCCACAUAAUAAGUUGUAGUUAUACAAGCCACAAAUACAAAUAAUUGUGGUUAUUUUGUGUCUAAAUUUCCACAAAACGUUUUGUUGUUAUCAGUAGAAAUAAAGCCACGAUUUUAAGUGGCACGAGUUGUGGCUAAUAAAACCACAAAAAAAUUGUGGCUAUUUGCGUAUUACAUCCACGAUUAGUUUUGUGGCUGUUUGUAGAAUAUUCUCUACGGUUUAAAAUGUGGCUUUUUGUAGCAAAAAUUGCAACGAAUCCGAGUUAGCGCUAUUUGUGGCUAUUGUCCAC